CCGUCAUCCGUUCCAUCUUGAUCUUUCCAACCACCCUCCACAUCUUCCCCUUCUCCUCCCCGUUUAACUUACAUUCCUUCUCUAGGCUACAAUUGCCUUCUCUUUUUACAUCUCUACCACCAUGUUUCGCUCCGCUGUCGUCCGCUCCUUGAGAGCCUCUGUGCCUCGUGCCGUCCGCACUCCGGCCUCCUUCCAGAUCCGUAGCUCUCCCAUCGCCCGUCCGGCUCAAUUCGCUCCUCGCUUCGCCUACCAGGGUGUCCGUCUCUACUCCGCUCCCGCCGGUCUGAACCAGGAGGAGGUUGAGGGCCGUAUCGUCAACCUGCUGAAGAACUUUGACAAGGUUUCCGAUGCUAGCAAGAUCAACGCCUCCUCGCACUUCUCGAACGACCUUGGUCUGGACAGCCUGGACACCGUUGAGGUUGUGAUGGCUAUUGAGGAGGAGUUCAGCAUUGAGAUCCCCGACAAGGAGGCCGAUGCCAUCCACAGCGUGAACCAGGCUGUGUCUUACAUCCUGGCUCAGCCCGAUGCCCACUAAUUUAUUGUAAUAUGAUGACGCGGAUCUGGCGUGGAUGAGAUAGAAGAAAUGAAGGGAUAGUAUUGGGGUGCAUCUGCGCGGGCGUCUCGACCUCGGGACCAUGACCGUGUAGUCGAAGGCGCUACUCUGUAUGCCGAUCAGACCGUGCUUUUGGACCCUGUUAUAUCGUGUAUAUCACCAUCAAUGCAGUUUUGUCAGACCUACGGGUUAGUGGAAUAGAUUGUGUUGACUAUCAAUUCGGGCUUCGCAUGAUUGAUGUAUCGAGUAUUUCUUCUCCG